AUGUCAACAUCAACACUAAAGACUUUAACUUGGUCAACACCUUUAUCUAGCUCAACUCAAACUUACACUUAUUUAGUGAAUGCACCUGAUUUCGAAACCGAUUCUAAAAGGUUAGAAUUAAGAUCUGAUCAUGUCAAUGGAGCAAAAGAAGGGCUUAAAACUGGUAGGAUUAUUAAUGCUGGUGCUAUGUUUGAAAAAGAUAAAGCUUUGAAUCCUAGUGAAAACAAAAUGAUUGGAUCUUGGUUACUGUGUAGAGCUGAAUCUAUUGAAGAAGUCGAAAUUAUGUGUAAGAAUGAUAUUUAUUAUCAAAAAGGAGCAUGGGAUCCGGAAAAACUUGAAAUCUGUUGUGUGGCUAAUCUUUUGUAA